AUGCUUUCCAAAUUCAUCCUUGCGGCAGCCACUGCAUGUGGUCUAUUCGUCUCGUCCGUCAACGGACACAUGGUCAUCUAUUCUCCUGUUCCAUACGGCCAGGACUCCCUCACCAACAGCCCUCUCGAGAACGACGGAUCCGAUUUUCCCUGCAAGCAGCGCUCCGGCGUCUAUGAUAUCACGAAGAUGAACGAGAUGCCCGUUGGUGUUCCUCAAACGCUAGCCUUCAUGGGCGGUGCCACCCACGGUGGUGGUUCUUGCCAGGUCUCGGUCACCCUGGACAAGGAGCCUACGAAAGACAGCGAGUGGAAGGUCAUCCACUCGAUCGUCGGCGGGUGUCCAUCCAACUACAGCGAGAACUUGUCACAGGAUGCAAACGGCAAGAACUCGGCCAUCUUCCAGUUCUCGGUGCCGAAGGGAAUGCCGAAUGGAGAGUACACACUUGCGUGGACUUGGUUCAACAAGAUCGGAAACCGCGAAAUGUACAUGAACUGUGCUCCUAUAUCUGUCACUGGAGGCUCCAGCAACAACGACGUGUACAAUUCCCUUCCGACCAUGUUCGUGAUCAACAUGCCGAGAGAGGAGUGUGCUACGAGCGAAAUGGAAGACUUCGUGUUUCCCGACCCUGGCCUGUACGUCGAGACAGCACAGCAGACUGCGUUGGGAAGCAAAACUUCCGGAAGCAAUUGCGCCGCCGUCACUGCCAAGGGCGCCGGCAAGGGUUCCGCUGGCUCACCCGCUCAGCCCACCGGCGGCUACGGCUCUGCUCCCGCCGGCUCCGACGCCCCCUCGUCAGGAAACGGCAGCGAUACUGGCAACGCGGCGCCUCCUGGUGCUCAAGGCUCCUCUCCCGCUCCGACUGCUCCUCCCCUUUAUCCCUUCCGUGGUGGCUCCAAGGGUGUGGUGAACGGACCGGGAUCCGAUACGAAACCCAUCACUGCCUCUCAAGAGGCUUCCGCGCCAGCAGGCACCCCUGCCGCCGCUCCUCCGACUGAGAACUCUCCCAGCGGAAGCUCUGCCCCUCCCACAUACAACACACCAAGCGAUAGCGCUGCGCCCUCGGGCAAUACUACCUCGUCGGGCGACUGCAGUGGAGGCGCAGUUUCUUGCCCCAACCCCGGUGCGGUGGUCUGCAUAGGAAGCAGUCAAUGGGGUCUCUGCGACAUCAACAACUGCGCUGUCCCUCGAGAGCUGUCCGCCGGGACCUCGUGCGCAGCUGGCGUUGUCAGCAAACGAAGCGCGGGACACCUUCGCAGGCACGUCCACCAUGUCCGCAGCUACUAG